UUUUUUGGCAACUCUUUGAUUGUCAAAAAGAAAAGAAAAGAAACCAAACCCUAAUUUCUAUUGACAUUUUAGAUUUCGAGGGAUUCUCGUCCGGCUUCGCCUCUAGCUCCCCCCACCUUUUCUUUUCUCCCCGAUCUCCCAUCUCCGAUCAAAUCAAAAUCAACCAGAUAUGUCUACCGUAGCAAAGAGCAAAUCAAGAGACAAGAAGGUUGUGAAUGAUUCACACAAGACACCUACUAAAGCCUCCUCCUCCUCUGUAGGAGGAGGAGGAUCCAUAGGUGGUGCUUACAGUCCUCUCUUAGAGUCCAACGGCCGUUUCAGAAGCGUUGAUGAGUCGGAUUCCACCGGAGGAGCCGACUGUGAUUCCGUCUCUAAUAACGGUAGCUGGUCCGGCGAUUCCGAAGACCACAAAGACAAAACAGCACCUACUAGUAGUACCACAGCUAAUACUCCUACCGCAAAGCAAGAAACCGUUCCAGGAGCUGAUAAUAAUGACAAGAGGGAGAAGAUGAGGCUUAAGAACGAGAGAAAGCACCAGCGUCAGAAGGAGAAGCGAGCUCAAGAGUUGCACGAGCGGUGCUGUCAGUUCCUCAUGUCGAGGAAGCUCGAGUUGCUUGCUCAGAAGAUUGUAGCUAUGGGGUAUGAUCACGAGAGGGCGACAUACGCUCUUAUGUUGAAUGAAGGGAAGCUACAGGAGUCUGUUAACUGGGUGAUUGAUGCUAGUGGGGCGAAUGUAGAAGAUAAGAAGCUAGAUCCUAGUUCUGGGAACCUGAAGCUUGACAUAUCGGAGGAGCUUGGUAGAAUCUUGGAGUUGGAAACCAAGUAUAAGUGCAGCAAGCAGGAUGUAGAGAGAGCUGUGGUUACAGCGGAAGGGGAUAUUGAGAGAGCAGAAGAAUCGUUAAGAAGACAGAAGCAAGACCAGUCUACUACUACCGCUUCUAUAAAACUAGUAGAGGAUGUUAGUGAUAGCAAAGCCCCUUCUUCUGUGCAGACAAGUCAGAACUCAGUAGCGCAGUUGCAACCUAACUCAGGUGGUGGUGAAGAAGAGAGAAAGAAUCGAGGAUCCAGCUACACUAAUAAUGGAGAAUCUAGAAACCAAAGUAUAAAUCCAAUGGAUAAAAUCAACAUGGAGUUGCAGUGGAUGAAAGUGCAACAGAAUAAUGCCUUGGAAGAGAAGAAACGCAUGUCAAAUCAACAGACACCAUUGCCGCAGCAGCGGCCAACAGAAGAAACGCAUCAUGUGGCGGCUCUAGGGAGACUACAGCAGCAAGAUAUGAGGGAACCAGUUAUUGUGAUGCAGCAGCAGCAGCAACAACGCUCUCAGUCUGCUAACACAAAUGUGUUACCUGUCUCUACGAUGAAUCCAUCCUUCACCGUAGCAUCAGCAUCAGCAGCAGCAGCAGUAGGAGUAGGAGGAGGCAGCGGUUGGUACCCUGCAAAUAGUCAAUCUAACGGGUACUUGCCCACAAGAAGUCUGCUUCCUAGUGAUCUGAACUCGAACCUGAUGUACCAGCAACUUCAGUAUCAGCAGCAGCAAUAUCAAGGCCAAGUGAGCAACGGACACAUAAUGGGAGGAGGGGUUUCUGCACCACCACCGCAUACUGUGGCUCCAGCUGCUUCUCUUGGGCUCUUCUCCGGGUAUGGAUCAGCUUCCUCGUCAGGGAUAGACUGGAGCGCGGAUGGGUCGAUAGGGAAAUAUGAUUAUAACAAAAUUGAUUGGAGUUUAGACAGAGGCCUAGCUUGUCCGAGACAAGACCAACAAGAGUAUGUGGCUGCUUCUGCAUCCCCUUAUGAAGCAGAGAUGAAUGGAAGGACAAGAAUGAAUGGGAUGGGAGUAGUGCAGGAAGCUGCUUUAGUUGGGAACGGUGGGAGGGAAUGGACAUCACCGUUUGAGGGUAAAGAUCUGUUUGGUUUGUCUAGACAGUAUGUGCCUCCUUCUCUUUGAAGGUGAAUGUUUGCUUCUAGAAUAAUAAUUAAAAAAAAAAUGCAAGGGGAGAGAGAGUGAGAGAGAUAAUGGAUGAAUGGUAUGAGUUUGUGGUUACUAGUUUUUAUCAAAAGUGUUUUCUUGCUUGUUUGCUCAAA